AUAAUAUCAAUUCAAGAAAGCGAGCAUAGCCUAAGUGGUACUAAAAAAACUUUGAAUAAACAUAUUUUUCUCAAAAAGAAAAACAAAAAUUGUCACUUCCCUCGUAAGCAUUGAAAUGGUGAUUAUAUAUAUAAGAAGACAACGAUUUUUAGACGCAGACCAAUCGAAGAAAUAUUUUAUCUUCAUAUUGCAGAGUCAACCAGACGGGAGCCGGACGAGACGACGGAGACACGCCAUAGAAUAACUUCGCAGCGAAAUCUGAAAAAGCCGACCGGAGAUGGUCCGUCACCCCAGCAUUCCCAUUCGCAAGCAUUUCUCAUCGCCGUUUCUCCUCGUCCUCCUUUUUCUCAGCGUCGUCUCCGAGUGUUCCUCCAAUGAAUCUCGGGUUGAAUGCAGCAGGACUUGUGUCGCAAUUAACUGCAAUACUGUUGGGAUUCGGUACGGAAAGUUCUGCGGAGUAGGAUGGACGGGUUGUGCUGGUGAAAAGCCUUGCGAUGAUCUUGAUGCCUGUUGCAAAGUUCAUGACGAAUGUGUUGAAAGAAAAGGUUUAACAAAUAUUAAAUGUCAUGAGAAGUUCAAGAGUUGUAUUAAGAAAGUGCAGAAAUCUGGGAAGGCUGGUUUCUCAGAGGAGUGCCCUUACUCCACAGCUGUUCCCAUCAUGGUUCAAGGCAUGGAUUUGGCCAUCGUGUUCAGCCAGCUCGGUAACUCAAAGCUUGAGCUCUGAAUCCAAUCCAAACAAGAUGGUAAAACGUCACAACACCACUGAUUCUGAUUUAUUAAUUGAAAUAAGAUUUGAUCCUCAUUUUUGCCCUCUUUAGCUACAAUUUGGACCAUAUACAUUUUAAGAUAUUCAGUAGCUUUUAGACUAGGGAAAGUAAGAUGCCAAUAUACCAAAUUAUUUCAUGUUUGAGGCUUCUUAGCUCUUAGAUUUUGGUUCUCCACCUUCUUUUGUAUAUGAAACAGUUGUGUAUCUUUUAAAGACUCGAAAAUUAUCUUUUGAUGUCAGACUUCCAUUUGAUUCUUA